UGGUCGUUGAGCAGGAUUACCGCUCAGCAGGAGAGCUGCUCUUUGUUUUCUGCUCCCAUCAUCAAAACUAAAACACACUUAUUCCUGCGAGCUGUUUCCUGCAAAAUCUCCUCCGAAAACAUCCUCUUUUUUUAAUUAUCCCACCUGUCCUCCCGAGGGAUUGGACCUGCAGAGGGAAAGGCCCGCUGGGUCACUGCAACAGGUCGAGGAGGAAAUAUAAAUAAUUAUAAUUACAAUAAUGAGGAUGCAUGUGGUGUAAAUGAAGCGAACAGAGGAGGAACACACACUUCAGAGGAGGAGGAUGCUUUGAUGGUUUCUGCUGCAGACUGGGUGCGACAGAGAGGAAAACUGCCAACAUGAUGCCGAUGUUCCUCACCGUGUACCUCAGCAACAACGACCAGCACUUCAAUGAGGUCCCCAUCACGCCGGAGACGCUGUGCAGGGACGUGGUGGAGCUCUGCAAGGAGCCCGGAGAGGGCGAGUGCUACCUGGCCGAGAUGUGGAGAGGCUCCGAACAUAUCGUUGGAGAUGGGGAGCGGAUGUUCGAGGUUUUGCAGAAAUGCGGGCAGCAGAGGGGGGAGGUCCGUUACCUCCUGCGUCACCAAAGAGCUCCAGGACGAGAGUCAGGUGGAUCCAGAUCUGCAGAUCAGAUGAUGAAGAGGAACCAGGUGAAAGCUUCUGUGGAGAGAUGUCUGGAGAACGGGGUCUCAGCUCCUCGUCUGGACAUGACGCUGAGCGACCUGCAGGAUCUGGCAACCCAACAGCAGCUACAGAUUAAUGCCCAGCAGCAGCUGCUGGCCUCCAAACAGGAGCAGCGGCUGCGGCACCUGAAGCUGACGGACCAGCGGCAGCAGCAGCAGGAAACGUCUGAACAGGAUCGCCUGCAGCAGCUCAGAGAGAACGCUCACAACCAGGAGGCCAAACUGAGGAGGGUCCGAGCCAUCAGGGGCCAGGUGGAGCAGAAACGCCUCAGCAACAGCAAGCUGGUGGAGGAGAUCGAGCAGAUGACGGGUCUCUUCCAGCAGAAGCAGGUGGAGCUGAUGGUCGCCGUGUCGAGGGUGGAGGAGCUGAGCGACCAGCUGGAUACUCUGAGGAGCAACAGACAUGAGCCUCCUCUUCCUCCUCCUCAUCAUCACACCACCUCCUCCGCUGCGGAGCUGGAGAGACUUUAUAAAGAGCUGCAGAUGAGGAACAAGCUGAACGCGGAUCAGAGCGGCCGGCUGCAGCAGCAGAGAGACAGCCUGAACAAGAGGAACCUGGAGGUCGCAGCGAUGGACCGACGGCUCGCCGAGCUCCGGCAGCGACUCUGGAAGAAGAAAGCCGCCCUGCAGCAGAAAGAAAACCUGCCGGUGCCUUCAGACGGAGGGGCCCCUCAGCACGCUGUGGGCUCCAGAGUGGCGGCGGUGGGGCCGUACAUCCAGUCCUCCUCCUCUGGCUCACAUGGGCCUCCGGUGCCGACCCGGCACGAGGUUCUGGUGAAGCCGGCGUACCCGGACGGUACCGCCACAUUACCCAUGCCCGCCUCGUCUCUGAAGCCGCCUCCCAGACCCCUCAAACCCGCCUCAGGUUUCGGCUCCUCAAAAGUAACCAAACCCGCGGACUGGAGCGGCUCUCUGUCUGAGUCCAGUGGAGGGUACAGCUCCUCCACGCUGCCUCGCAUGUCCAGCCUCAGCUGCCACCACUCAGGAGGUAAGAUUCUCACAGAUCAGAGGAGUCUCUCAGGGUCUGACAUCCCGCCCCCUGUCCCCUCACGGACCAAUCACAUCACUGAGAACCUGCUCAGGGACAAUCAGGCUUCUGGUAAAGGCCUUUCCAAGAUGGCGGCGCCUCCUCCAAUUCCCAUUAAGCCCAAACCGUUCUCCACGUCGGGCCCCCCCACCUUCUCGAAGCCCCCGUACAGCACGGGGACGUUCCCCGGUAAGGUGCGGGGGGGUGGGGGUCACCUCUCCAGCCACAGCAACACUCUGCCGCUGCCCAACAAGCAUGAGGUCGCCGCCGUGCGACCCUACACCCCCGACCCCUCGGAGGCCCUCGCCCCACCGCUUCAGAAACCUCAGACUCUGGCGGCCUCGUAUAUUUACUCCAUGUACACAACGCAGGGGAAGGGAUACCAGCCGGGGGGGGGGACGCUGCCCAGGACCAAGCCCAGAGUGUAUGGGAAACCUGUGCUCCCAGCGAACGGGGGGCAGCAGUUUCCCCCCUCAGACAUCAUGAACUCUGGGAUGUGUUUCCCCGACGGCGGCGAGACCGACAUCAGUUACGAAGUCAUCGUUGCAGACGUUGGAGUUGGAGACCGAGCCAAUCCGCGACCUCUGAGCCCCACCAAGCUCCUCCCCUUCCUGUCCAACCUCCACAGGAACCCCAGCGGCCUGCACCACGCGCCCCGACCCCUGAAGAAACGCAGCUCCAUCACAGAGCCCGAGGGCCCGGCCGGUCCCAACAUCCAGAAGCUGCUCUACCAGAAAACCACUCUGGCCGCUAUGGAAACCAUCCCCAUGGAGACAGUGGGUCCAGGAGGGCUGUUAGUUCAGCCUCACGAAGACGGCGUUGAAUUUAUGUCCAAAUUUGACGACAACAACCAGGUGGGAAGCACGGAAGAAAGCCUAACUCCGCCUCCUUUACCUCCUCGCUCACCAAUCACGCCUCCAGAGGACAGAGAGGAGGAAGAGGAGGUGUGUCGAUCUUCAUCCGUCCACAAGGAGUUCCCCCCAUACCCUCCUCCACCUUACCCCACCUGUGUGGAGGCGGAUCAGGGGGAGGACGUUACAAAUAUGAAGCCGCCGGAGGUCACGGGUCAGGUGCCGUCGCCCCCGGGUAAGAGGACGAUCCUCCGUAAACCCGGCUCGGAGCGGAUCGAUCACAGCAUGCGGGUGAAGUUCAACCCUCUGGCUCUGCUGCUGGACGCGUCUCUGGAGGGCGAGUACGACCUGGUGCAGAGGGUCAUCUACGACGUGGAGGACCCCAGCAUGCCGAACGAUGAGGGAAUCACCGCGCUGCACAACGCCGUCUGUGCCGGACACACGGAGAUCGUCAAGUUUCUGGUUCAGUUUGGUGUCAACGCCAACGCUGCUGACAGCGACGGGUGGACCCCCCUCCACUGCGCCGCCUCCUGUAACAACGUGCAGGUCUGUAAGUUCCUGGUGGAGUCGGGCACGGCGGUGUUCGCCACCACGUACAGCGACAUGCAGACGGCUGCCGACAAAUGUGAGGAGAUGGAGGACGGAUACGCCCAGUGCUCGCAGUUCCUCUACGGCGUCCAGGAGAAGAUGGGCGUGAUGAACCGCGGCGUGGUCUACGCUCUGUGGGACUACGAGGCGCAGAGCGAGGACGAGCUGGGCUUCAGCGAGGGCGACUGCAUGACGGUGCUGCGGCGGGACGAGGAGGCGGAGACCGACUGGUGGUGGGCCCGGUGUGGAGACCACGAGGGGUACAUCCCCCGAAACAUGCUGGGGCUGUAUCUGAGGAUCAAGCCGCGGCAGAGGAGCCUCGCCUAACGCACGGCCGACAAAUCCUCAGAAGAACCAAAACGUUGUGAGAAGGGGUUUCAAAACCUCUGGACUCAAGGUGGUUGGUGAAAAGAAAAGAAAAAGAGAGACAGAUGUUUCCUGAACUGCCAUUAAAACCUGUUUGGUUUUUCAACUUCAGCACAAAGAAUGUCCCGAUGAACUGCCGAAGACACAGAAGAUACAAUAAAAGCUUCCUGUGGUGAUAAUGAACAGAUUUUGACAAUGCAUCAAAUUCAUUUUGUUAUCUGUCUCAAAGCCUCAAAAUGUGAAGAUUGUUUCAGGUUCAUCUUGUUCAUCCUUAUUUCUUAUCUACGGUUUCAUUUUAUUUGAUUAAAUAGCGACAGUCAACAAUUGUCCCAGAGCUAGAAUUCAAAUACAGGAAGUGGCACUUAAACCAAAAGUCCACCAUUUAUUUAUUUUUCGACUUUUUUGAAGUAUUUAAAAUUACGAUCCCUUGAUUUUAAUAAAGCAUCCACUAGUUUGAACAAAUGAAGCAAAUGUUUAAAUCAUGACACACAUUUAAGAGGUGUUGUUUGUAUUGUAUGGAGCCCCAAAAUCCCCCCAAAAUUAUAUAUAAAUAUGUGGACAAGACAAUCACUUGUGAACGACAUCAUCAUUUGAGGAGGCAAAAAACUUGUAGUUACAAAAUAGAAACUUGUUCGAUCACAAAAGUAAAUAGUGUGAACAUGGAAGCUACUUGUGCUAACAGGAUAAUACAGAAUUAAACUAACCCUUUGUUUCUUUGGGGCUCUGUCGUACAAAUAAUGAUUAUCUUGGUCAUGUGUUUUUCAGUUUUUAUUGUUUGCACAUUUACGAAUUCAAUCAGAUCCAUCUUAGACAAUUACAUGGGUUUAAUGUUAGUUUGAUAUUUACGUUCCCCGAUCACAUAAUGUUCUUUGUGUUAAAGAAAAGCACUUGUUUUAAAAGACAAUAACAUUGUUUUAUUGUCUUUUUAAUUGUAUUUAUAUUUGUGUUUUUUUUUUACAAGUUUGUCACCUAACAACUUAAGCCAGAAACAUAUUUUGUUACAUUUUUCUUUCAUUUAUUUGAUCAAUUCUGAUCCCAUAUCAAUCUUUUUUUGUUAGAACUGAGGACUUUUCUACAAAUGCCUGAAAUGUGGAAGCUCUGUGUUUUCUUUUGGAUAAUUACGUUUUCCAAAAUAAAAGCCUGAUCUACUCAAAUCACGUCCAAAGCUCCGUAAAUCAGAGGAUGCACGUUUUAAUGUUUGAUUCAGCCAGGCUAACAGUUUCCACCUGCUUCCAGUCUUUGUGCUAAGCUAAGCUAAACACACGUUGGACCUUUCUCUGUUCUGGAAACACAGAUAUGAAACUGAUAUCUUCAUGUCUGGGAAAUACGAAGAUGAUUUUUCUAAAUAAAAUGAUAUUUACAACUUC